CACCCACAUUAAUUUAGUCAUUUUUCACAUUCACAUGCUCGGUCGCUCGAUCGAAGAAUCAAAAUAUUAUCAAAACUUUAAAAGGUUUUGGUGGUUUUCUAACUUUCUGUGACCAUUAUAAAAACAUCAACUAUUGUUAAAGCAAAUAUUUAUUGCUUUCUUAAAGAAUUACAGUCAGAGAUUUUGGGAAUUUCGUAUGUAGAGCACGCAAAACAUGGCAAAUUUGCUAUUGAAGACGAGAAAUUCACCGUGUGUAUUAUCGGCUAUAAACCAAUUGGCCCAGCGGUUCGUGAGUUCUGGACAAACUGUGGGCGCUGCCGCAGCAGUUGUUGCUGAAGAGAAGGCCACGGUGGAAACUCAAAAUGAGCGAAAACAAUUUGUGCCUUCGAAUUAUCGUUUUGUCUACCCCGAAUUUCUUCCUGACCCGAACCUGGAAUUCAGGAAUUUGAUCAGAGAAAAGCUGGAGCAAGCUGACAUGAUCAGUCGGAGGACCCAAGUGGAAGUUCCAGAGUUCCACGUUGGAUCUAUUUUGGCAGUCACUUGUUCAGACCAGCAUGCUGUUGGCAAAACCACUCGUUUUGUUGGCAUUUGCAUCCAACGAAUGGGCUGCGGUCUCAGGGCUAACUUUACCCUGAGAAACGUUGUGGACAACCUUGGUGUUGAAAUCAAGUAUGAAAUCUAUGAUCCAAGACUGCAGAAGGUACAAGUUUUACGGUUGGAAAAACGUCUGGAUGAUGAGCUCCUGUACCUGCGAGAUGCACCCCCUGAGUACAGCACAUUUUCUUUCAACAUGGAGCAAGAGUUUUUGAACGAAGGAGCGAUUGUCCCCAUUAAUCCAAUCAAAGUACCAUUAAGGCCCCCUCCUUGGUAUGCCAGGUGGGAGAGAUUAUUGCCGAAAGGUGCUGUUAUCCCUGAGCUCAGUGUCAAUAGAACUGAAAAGUCGAAAAAGUGGAUUGCAAAUCACAGUGAACCAUGGGAAAAGUACGACCUGAUGAAGCAGUAUAGAAAAACUAUUCCCGAGGAAGAGCAAAAUGCAAUAUUUGCCGAUGCUUAUUCUGAACUGCAUCAAUUAGAAAUUGCCAGGAAGAAACUCAAGCGCAAGAAAAAUUUUGUGAAGCCCAAGAAAAGUGCUUGAAUAGACUUCCUUUUUAAAGCUUAGUGAUUUUGUGUUGAUGCUAUAAGUCUCUGCUGAUAUAUUAAAAAAUACAAUGAA